AUGGAAUCAGCAGCAGAUCCAGAAAUUAAAAACCUUGAAGAACCUCUUCCAGGCGUCCCCAAUGAUGAAAAAAUGAUGAAACUAAUGGUCCAAAUCAGAAUGAUUCUAGCUUUAAAAUAUGCUAAAACAGACAAUCAGCCUUCAGAAGUUUUGGAAAAUCUUUAUAUAGGUAGUGUUGGAGCUGCCAUGUGUAAGAAAAAUCUUAAAGAUCUAGGUAUCACUCACAUUUUAAUUGUAGCUGAUCAGCUUGCCCCUGCGUUUCCAGAGGAAUUUAUUUAUAAGCAAAUCAAUAUUCUGGAUUCUCCUGAUUCAAAUAUCAUUGAUACUUUUACUGAUGCUUUUCAAUUUAUCGACCAAGGACGAGCUCAAGGUAAAGUUCUUGUUCACUGGUAAACGCUAUUUAGCUUUGCAGGCAAAAGUCGAUCUGGGACUAUCUGUAUUGGAUAUGUGAUGAAAGAAAGAAAUUGCUCUUUGCUUGAUGCCUUUAGAUAUGUUAGAGAAAAAAGAGAUGCAGUUUUGCCUAACACAGGAUUUAUGAAUCAGUUGAAGCGAUAUGAAAGUGUUCUUAAUCCUAAUUAA